GAACCCUGCAAUGAAAAGGGGCUUUGGGUCACAUCAGACCAUCGGGACAAUCUUAGUUGCUAGAAGAAGAAAGGCAACUGAGGUAAUUCAUAGUUUGAGAGCUACAAGGUGUGUGUGAGAAACAAGACACUAGAGAAUUGCUACCUGUCGGACACUCUGAACCAGAAGAUCGAGGUUAAUGGUCCUGAGUUGAGUUGAAAUCAUGAAGUGCUUUGAGCUUCUGCUGCCCUUCCUUCUUCUCCUAAGAGAUAUCACGGCCCAGUGGAAUGUAUGGAUGCCCAGAGACAUCUCAGCCAUGACUAACUCCUGUGUAGUAAUUCCCUGCACAUUUACGUACCCUUCUGCAGUCAGGCCAUACAGGGGCACCCAUGGAAUCUGGUACUUUGGGCAGCCCUAUCCACAACUCUACCCUCCAGUGGUAUUCAAGUCCCGCACAGACAUUGUGCAUGAAAGUUACAAAGGGCGUACUAAGCUUCUGGGUGACCUAGGGCAGAAGAACUGUACGCUACAGAUUAACAACCUUGGAACUGAGCUUGGUGGAAAAUACUAUUUCAGAGCGGAUUUAGGAGGAGCAAAUAUUUACACUUUCCCAGAUUUCACUGAGCUCAAGGUGCUGGACCAGCCCAAAAUUGAUAUCCCAGAAGAGAUAGUUAGUGAGGAGAGCCUGGACUUGACUUGCUAUGCACCAGAUAAUUGCCCAGAAAUGUCUCCCGAAAUCCACUGGAUGUAUACAGACUACCUGCCUGAUCCUCUCUUUACCCCCGGCUAUGUGGAGGAGAGCAACACAGCAGUGCUGUCCAGCACACUAACCUUCACCCCCAAAGCUAUGCACAACGGCCAGCUGCUGGGCUGCAGGGUCCAUUACCCCAAUUCCACUUUUGUAUAUGAGCGUCUCAUCUCCCUAGAUGUGAAGUAUACACCUCGCAAAGUGUGGGUGAACGUAUCACAGGAAGUAAUGGAGGGCAGUUCAGUGGUACUACACUGUGAUGUGGACAGCAACCCUGUGCCAAGCAUCACAUGGUUCUUUGAGAAUGUAGUGCUGAUGACAGAAACUGCCUCAAAUGCUUCACUUUAUCUGGAGAACCUGACACCAGAGCAGGAGGGUACCUACACCUGUGUGGGCGAAAAUAGUUAUGGGGCCAUGAACACCUCCAUGUACCUAGCAGUCAGGUAUCCUCCAAGAGAGCCAUUAGUAAAUGGUUCUUCAACAGUAAUGGAAGGCUCCUUACUUGCUCUCCACUGCAGCACUCAGGGCAAUCCACCUCCCACACUCACCUGGCUAAAGAAUGGGGAGCUGGUAGGAACAAUAACUGCUGACAAAGUGUCCAUACUAGAGAUUACAGAGAUCACCCCACAAAAUGAUGGCACAUACCGCUGCCUGGCUGAAAACGAACAUGGCCGGGCCAGCAGCUCUCUGAACAUUACUGUGGAGUUUGCCCCUGUUCUCCUGGAUGAUUCCAAGUGCACCAUAGUGCGGGAGGGUGUACAGUGUGUCUGCAUAGCCUCAGGAAACCCACAGCCUUCUAUUGAGUUCCACUUGCCUGACCUCAAUAUCACCAUCAAUGAGACGAAUAACCGAUUCAACUACUACACACAUUCGGACGGCUACACAACAACAGGCAUGAUCAAACUGCGGGAAAAGGCUGAGCAAGAGAAUAAUGGUGGCAUGGCUGUUCAUGUACACUGCAGCUACACCAACAUCUACGGCUCUCAGUCUGUUCAACUUCAGCUGCAACAAGAAAAAAAGUACAUAAUGGCAGUGAUAGUGGGAACCAUUGGAGGAGUGGCGGUCAUUGCUUUCAUCAUUGCAGCUGUAAGAUUUGUGGGACAAAACAACCAAAAAGAGAAUGGCAACCCUGGGCAGGACGUAGGAUCUAGAGUGGAGAAUCCCUCCAUGUUCUACAGCGCAGUCAAGAAGGACAAACAAAGUCUCAGGAAAAAAGUGCUUAAGACUGAGCUGCUGGGCUCAAAGUUUAAUUCCAUCCUUGAAGAGAGCACGGGAGACGACAGCGAUUACCAGCAUGUUGGCUCGACUGCAGGCCUGGAGAGGCAGGAGCUAAACUACGCUGCGCUAGACUUCAUGCGAGGGCGACCUCGGGAGGGAAAUGUGGGGAGGGGGGACGAUGGAAGCGACUACACAGAGAUAAAAACCAAAUGAAUCGCGAUUCUUCCCUGAAGCUUUGACUAAAAACAGAUACAGUGGCCACUAGGGACCAGUAAGUUCCUCAACACAGCUUCUUGUAAUUGAGUCAUUACUGGUUCAGUUAUUUACACUUACAGUUAGCAUGAUUUCAUUAGUUGAGCUGAUUUUUUAAAAAUAUUAUUAGAAGUAGUUCCUUUUACUCCCAAUACAUUUAGCAUAUUUUAGUUUCAGUUGACAUGCAAAUGGUCUCAGCAUUAGUUCUUGAGGCUCACUGCCCAGGUCAUUGGGCCCCCAGGACUGGAACAGAAAACAACUACACUUAGAUAAUAAUAAUAAAUGUUUCUUUAGGAAUAUCUUUUUUUUAUUCCUUUUACAGUCCUGGAAAUGUGAUUACAUUGGUAAUAUUUUUACACAAUAGUUUAAAUAGUGGUCAUUGACACUGUGUCUGUAUGAAGUUAAAGUGUCAGGGAAAGAGACAUGCUGCAUGUCUCUAUUCUUUAGUGCUAACCAGACAUGGGUGAAUUAGCAGAUGAAAUAUUUCUUAAAUCUUGAGUUUUUAAAUAAGCACUCUGUGUAUGCACUAAUUUUCUUAUGAUACGUCCUACAGUAUGUGUGUAAAUUCCAAGAAUAUGUAAGACUACACAAUAUAAGAAUAAGGAAUUUUGUGUAUAGGGUUAUAUAGAA